AAUAUCUUUAUGUUUUCAUGUUGACCUGUUAGCUUUGUGAACAGUGUGUUCAACCACGUGUGUUUUGUUGUGUUUACAGCUUGUGUGAGAAUUUAUUGAGUACGGAAUGACUGCUAAAAAGGGUAAAGUACGCAUUAGUAAACUAAAGAGAAGUAACCAGAAACGCACAAAAUUAGCACGUCAAGGAAAACUGAAACAUAAAAGAAAUAAGAAAGCUACGCCCAAACCACUGUUUGGUGGACCUCAGAAUCCUCCCCACCAUGGCACCCAUGAAGGAGAAGAGGAGAGUGAUCAUGAUUUGGGGAUCCUAGAUAUGGUUGAUGAGGAUGACAUUGAUUUCUUGAAAAAUGCCGUUUCUUCCCGGAGUUACUCCCUCCUAAAUAAAAUUCGCUACAGAAAUGACAGUCACAAGGAUGUGAAUAAAAGGAAAAGGGUUCCUGAUGAUGAUGAACGAGAGAUAGAAGAUAAAUAUGAGGAAGAACUGCUAGAACCAGGAAAUAAGAAGACAAAGUACCUGUUGCCUAUUAAAACUAAGCAGGGAAUUGUGUGCAGGACUGUGGAAGAAGAAGAAGUAGUGAAUGAUGAAGAUAAUGAAAAAGAAAAUAUACCUGAAGAAGGAAAGGCAGUGGAACCAGAUAGUGAGAGUGAUGGUGAAAUUGUACUUGAUGAAACCGUAGAAGGUGAUUCGUUGAAUCCGAAUGUACCAGUCAGCACAGCACAGUUAAUUUUUCAUAGGCAACAGCUUCUUCAGAAACGUAAAUUUCAGAUUGGUGUCCUUUCUAGUGGACUCCUUGAGGCACCAGAGACAAAGGUGAAAAAUUUCAAGGUGUUGCUGGAAAUUAUGGAAGAAAGAACUCCUGAAAUACGUAUUACAGUUUGCAAACUGGCAUGUGUUUCAUUGCUGGAAGUUUUUAAAGACCUCCUACCAGCAUAUCAAAUUAAGCACCAGGAAACUGCAGGAGUAAAAUUAAAGAAAACAACUUUACAGUUACAAAAUUAUGAAAAAAGUUUGUUAAAAGCAUACAAAAUGUAUCUUCAGAAGCUGGAGAAACUGACAAAUAUUCUCUGCCCCAAAAGAGGGAACACAAAAGUAUUUUCAGAGCAAGAGAUUGCACUUGGAAAGCUUUCAGUACAAUGUUUGUGUGAGCUCUUGGUUGCUCACCCAUAUUUCAAUUUUUCACGAAAUCUUGCACAGAUGUUAAUUCCGUUUCUCAAUCAUCGUUUCUCUGAUGUCCGUGAAAGAGUAGCAGAAGCAGUAAAAACUGUUCUGAAGGAAGAUAAAAAGGGGGAAAUUUCCCUUGAUAUAGUUCGACGCAUAAAUCAUCUGGUAAAAUCUCGUUCACAUUCUGUUCAUGUUGAGGUUCUUGGUGUUUUACUUAGCCUUCGAAUCAAGGAUGUGAACUUGGACAAGGAAAAAGAAGACUUCAUAAAGCAGAAAAAAUUUAAGACACACAGGCAAAAACUGCUGACCAUGUCCAAGAGAGAGAGAAAGAAAAGCAAGAAGCUGGAAGAACUGGAAAAGGAACUGUUAGAAACCAAAGCUGAAGAGAAUGUCCAAUCUAAGCAGCAGAAUCUUACAGAAGUUACAAAAACUGUGUUUACAAUUUAUUUCCGUGUGCUGAAGCAGGCGCCAUCGUCAAAGCUGCUGAGUGUCACACUGGAGGGCCUUGCUAGGUUUGCACAUUGUAUCAACCUGGAGUUCUAUCACGAUCUUGUGAAUGUUAUGGAUCAUAUGCUGGAGAAUGAGCCCUUGGGACAUAGGGAGCAACUCCACUGUGUUGAGACAGUGUUCACUAUUCUGUCUGGUCAAGGUGAUGUGCUGAACAUAGAUCCAUUCAGAUUUUAUUCUCACCUCUAUAGAAAUCUUCUGCACAUAAAUGCAGGUAAAAGUCAAGACGAUAUGCAGAUUGCCUUGAGGACUUUGGACGCAGUGUUGAUAAAGCGAAGAAAGAAGAUAUCUAAUCAACGUUUACUGGCCUUUACUAAGAGAGUUAGCACACUGGCCUUGCAGUUGCUCCAUAAUGGCACACUGAGUUGCCUAGCUUUGGUUAAAACCAUUUUAACGAUGAAUAAGUCAGUAGACAUUUUACUGGAUCUGGACUCCACAGUUGGUCAGGGACAUUAUUUUCCAGAGCUUGAACAACCGGAAUAUUGCAAUGCUGGCAACACUGCACUGUGGGAAAUGACUGUAUUGCAGCGCCAUUAUCAUCCAACUGUGCGGAAGUUUGCAUCACAUAUAUUGCACAACGUACCUGCCACAGGUGAAGGCAGCUUGCCACCAGACUUGGCAAAACAGUCACCCGAAGCUCUUUACACAAACUUUGAUCCAUCUGAUAUGGCGUUUUCUCCAUCUGUACCUGUGCCGAAGAAAAAUGUAGCAAAAGGAAGACCACUGGGAAAAAUAAAUUUUAUUAAUCAAGACCUAGAAAACUACACAGAAAAUAUUUUCAAGGCUGUAAAUACAACAUUGAGCUGAUUGUGUAACUGUCAUACAAAUUCAGUUGGGUACAGUGAACAUUAAUAUUGUGAAAAGUUGUAUAUAAUUUUAAAUUUCAUCAUGCUGUGCAUUCCUGACUGUUGACUAGCAUCACUUCAGUGUGUGUACACAGUUUGUGAUUGUGCCUAUAAACGUUAUGAGGAAAAACUUCAUAUUGUAUUUGAAAAUCAAGCUACAAAUAUGAAUAAAAUUAUCUGUAAAGACAA